AGUAGAGGACCUAAUAUAUUUUCUUCUUCCACGUCUGUGAGUGCAAGGUGGUUAGGCGAUCAAUUCCAACAACCAUUCUAGGGUUUGUUUAGUUACUAUACAAGAGUAGUGAUGUGAUUAAGAAAAAGUAAGUGUGAUCAUGGGCUCUUUUGUUCUUGCUCUCAAGUGAAAGUAAUAUCCCAAGUAAUGGAUGAUUAGGAGAGCUAUAAAUAUACAUGUUAGGGUUAGGGUUGGGUAUGAACCAACUGAAAUAUCUCAAACUUUGCUAGUUAGCUCCACACACAUGCCUGUUUCUGGAUCUAAAUCUGAGGUUUCAUCAGAACAGAAGUUAUUUGCAGAAGGAAGUGAGGAGGAAUUAGGGUUUGAGAGCAUGAAGAAGGGCCAAGUAGUGGCCAAACAACUGGAUGAACCUCACAGCUGCUGUACCACAUCUUCUCACACCAUUAGGAGUGUGAGAUAUGGAGAGUGCCAGAAGAACCAUGCUGCUAGUAUUGGAGGAUAUGCUGUGGAUGGGUGCAGAGAAUUCAUGGCUAGUGGAGAGGAAGGAACUAAUGCAGCGCUUAAAUGUGCCGCAUGCGGUUGUCACCGGAAUUUCCACCGAAGGGAAGUCGAGACCGAGGUAGUAUGUGAGUGUUCUUCUCCUACUUCAAUUGGGAAGUAAAAGCUAGGUUUCCCAAAAGAGGGGUAAAAUGCUCUACUGAAUUAUAAUAUAUAUAGAAGUUGGAUUGUUGUGAUGAAAUUGACUUAAUAGUAUUGCUGUGUGCUUUUUAUCCUCCCUUCCUUCAAGAGGGAACCCCUCUUUCUUUCCUUGUAAUGAGAUAUUAAGGAAACAAACUGUGUAGAUUGCUGUGUUAUUAUCUUUCUCUAUAGCAGAUGUUGAUGUCUUGUGUACUUGGAAGUGAGAUUUCUUUCCCUUUCA